UUAGCAAAGCAGGCCAGUUUUUAUGGGCAACAUCUAUGUUUUUUCUUGGCGGCGUUAAUGGCGGACUUCCGGCAAGUCUGCUGCUCUUUGCCUUUUUCCUAAGUCAUAAGAAUGACAGUCUUUUUCAGUCUUUCAGUUCAUUUCCACUUUUCCCUCCCUUUCUUUCUCUGUCUUCCCGCUUCUUUUUUCACUCCCAAUUUCUUCCCCCCUUUUUGUUUUCAUUUAUUAUAUUCUAUUCUGGUACAGUCUUCCUUAACAAAAGGUUGAUAUACCAUUAUACCGACUUUCACACCCUCUUAAGUCCUAACCCUCCUCUUUCCUCUCUACCCUCCAAUCCGACCCACCGGCCACCGCACAAUCACAACCACAGUAACCACUACUUCUCCACCGCAAUACCAGUUUCGGCCAUCAACAAGUUAGCAACAACCACAAUCAGUCAACAGGUGGUGGUGCUAUUGAGGUCGUGGAAGAUACUACCAAUCGCUGCAUUUCCGUCAACAAAGCUUUUGUUAGGAAAGCCUAGAAAGAGAAUCUGAAGUAUCUGAACAUCAAUAAAGAAUCAUUGGCAUCUUAAUUUGAUCUCUGUGAAGAAACAGAAACAAAUUUAAGCUGCCUUGAAGAGUAACCCGCAUUGUAAUUGAGCAACUCGGCGACGACGGAAACUACGAAUCCACCACCAGUUAUCGGUAAAUCAUAGGAAUUAAACAAAUUCCCACCUCACGCCACCUUAAAUUGAUCUCUGUGAAAAAAAUAAACGAAUUUAAGCCGCCUUGAAGAGUGUCCCGCAUUGUAAUUGAGCAAUUCGGUGACGACGGAGAACUACGCAAAUUCUAGGUAUUGUACAAAUUCCACCUCAACACCGCCGGCGCGCCGCCGUCUUUGAGAGGGAGUGAGGGCACAACAAAUUCAAAAAAAACGAAAAUAAUGAAGCGCCAAAAAAAUUCAGAUGAAUGAUUAAUUGCAGAUCGGAAACUUGCGAAAUUAAAACGUCAAAGUUAGUUGGAUCUUGGGGCAUCUGUUGCUGGACAGAUUUGCUUGAGUUUAGGUCUGAUCUCCUCUAUCCGUGAUUUGAACAAAGCGUCUUGUUGGCUUAUACUUUGAUUAUAAAUGGGAGAAUUUGAAAUUGACCAUGUGAAAUCAGAACAAGAACUCUAUGGAUCUUUAAUCCAAAAUGGAGAUAUCCACUCAUCUUAUCUGGGUCCUCCAGGGUGGGAUGUUCUACCCAGCGCUCAUGAAUCUGAAGACUAUUGGAUAACAAAUGCUUUAACCACUGUCCAAAAUGGCACCAGUGUAUCAGAAGUAAUUCAAACAUCUGUUGAAGAUGCUACUUUUUCGACAUCAUCUAUAGGCCAGGCACCACUUUGUCGACAAUUCUGGAAAGCUGGACAGUACGAAGAUGCGCCUACUUCGAAAUCUCAAGUUCAAAACAGCAAAAAUUAUUUGCAUGUUCACCCCAAGUUCCUUCACUCAAAUGCGACUUCUCAUAAGUGGGCUUUCGGAGCUAUUGCAGAACUUCUUGAUAAUGCAAUUGAUGAGAUUCAAAACGGAGCCUCUUUUGUAAUUGUAGAUAAAGUCUCAAACCCGAGGGAUGGUACUCCAGCUUUGCUUACUCAAGAUGAUGGAGGUGGAAUGGACCCAGAGGCAAUGCGGCGUUGUAUGAGUUUUGGUUUUUCAGACAAGAAAUCCAAAUUAGCAAUUGGAAGAUAUGGGAAUGGAUUCAAGACCAGCACCAUGAGACUUGGAGCCGAUGUUAUAGUCUUCACCCGACAUUUCAACAAAAGGACGUUGACUCAAAGCAUUGGGCUCUUGUCCUACACAUACUUGUCACGAACGGGCUCAGACAGGAUAGUUGUGCCCAUGGUUGAUUAUGAGUACAACAUGUCAACUGACACCUUCAACCCUCUAUAUCGCUACGGGGAAGAGCAUUUCCAGUCGAAUUUAUCCAUCAUCUUGCAGUGGUCGCCAUAUCAAACUGAAGCCACGCUUAUGAAGCAGUUCGAUGAUAUUGGACCUCAUGGAACCAAAGUGAUCAUUUUCAACUUAUGGUUUACUGAUGAUGGGACGUUGGAGUUCGAUUUUGAAAGUGAUCCUAAGGAUAUCCGCCUGCGAAAUUCUGAGAAUUCUAAGAAAAUUAAUUCAAGAAUGUUAAUAAGUGAAGAUCACAUUGGCAACCAAUAUCGUUUCUCCCUUAGUAUGUACUUGUCCAUCUUAUACUUGCGGAUUCCACAAAGUUUCAGUAUCAUAUUGCGUGGGAAUGUUGUGGAACAUCACAGUAUAGCACAUGGUCUCAAGUAUCCAGAGUUCAUCAUGUACAGACCUUUAACUGGGGGCACUAAAGAGGAAGUAUUGACAACAAUUGGCUUUCUGAAGGAAGCUCCUGAUGUCAAUCUUCAUGGCUUCAAUGUCUACCAUAAGAACCGUCUUAUACUGCCAUUUUGGCAUGUUGUUAGCUAUUUAGACAGUAGAGGAAGAGGGGUUGUAGGGGUAUUGGAAGCAAACUUUAUCGAGCCUACUCAUAAUAAACAGGAUUUUGAAAGGACUUCACUCUUUCAAAAACUUGAAACUCGGUUGAAGGAAAUGACUUGGGAGUACUGGGAUCAUCACUGUGGACUUAUUGGGUAUCAGGUUAAAAAGGCUCCAGCACCUGUAUCCUUAGCUAAAUCUCCCUACGUUGGUCCCAAUAAUCCUAGACUUCAACCUAUUAGCGUGGACAGAAGUUCAAAAAUGAGUCAAUCGCCUGUUAGUCAGGCUCAUCCCAUGUUUAGUUCACCUGCUGGAGAUUUGUUAGCUGCUCGAAGCAGUACUCAGCAGUGUGGAACUAAGAGGACGCAUGAUGACUUUUUGUCUGGCCUCGGAAAGGGGAGACGGCAAAGCAGGAUAGAACCUAACACUCAUGCUGGGCGUUCUAUAGAUUUUCAGCCUGUCAGUCAUGCCGCAGUUCCGUUGAAUCAACAGGAGGCUAAGGUGUUGAGACAGGAGAAUAGGAAGCUUCGAGAGAAAUGCUUAGAGUUCGAGAAGUCUGAGGAAGAGCUCAAUAACAAGGCGUCACGGCUUAGGAUGGAGCUCGGAGAUACACAAAAAGAGUAUCUGAGGAUGUUAACCGAGCUUCGGGCCCUUGAGGUUGUCAAGGCGGAAAACAAGGUACCUGUUGUUUGAAGUGAAGACAAAUGUAUUCCACAGUGAAACCAAGAUAACUCAAAAGCAAUAAUACGGUUUGAUGAGGAGCGUUGAGUCUCCCUCCAAUGUUAUUCGUCAGAGUUACUGUUGGAGAUCAGACUAUGAGCUGCUAAAUGAAUAUCAUGGCUAGUGAGGCUAGUUAGCUUAGGGGUGAUGCUGGAGAGUAGAGAGAGAAUGAGCUUGCGAAGUUGCGGCCUUUGAUUUCUCAUUGUACUUCCAUUUUAUUAGUCUUGUGUAACAUUGUACAGUAUAUUGCAUUGUAUUAAUAUGUAACAUUAAUGUAUCAUUAUUGUGUCAGUAGUGUAUCAUUUCAUAGAAUAAAAUUGCAUUCUUUUUUCCACGGGCUACCUCUUGUGUUAUACAUUUUUAUCAA